AUGUCUUCUGCUAGUACUCCUUGGGGCUCGCCCAGUUCAUCGUCGACUUCGGUCGCUACUCAAAACUACCUUCCUCCUGUCGAUAUGGUAGUUGAUGGCUGUCUUUUUGAUCUCGACGGAACUUUGAUGCUUUCUACUGAAUGUGUCGAGAUGUUCUGGCACGAUUUUGGUGUUCAACAUGGCAUCGAUUCUCACAAACUACUUCAAACUUCGCAUGGAAGAAGAACCAUUGAUAUUUUGAAGAUCUGGAAGCCUGAAAUGGCUAAUAAGCAAAUUUCUGGUGAACUCGAGGCUACCAUCCCAGUUAGAUGGGCUUCUUUCGCUACUCCUGUUCCUGGUGUCAGAGAGCUCCACGAUGCUCUUCCCCCAAGCCAGUGGGGUAUCGUUACUUCAGGUACUUUGCCUAUGGCCACUGGAUGGCUUAAGCACUUCUUGAAAUUUGCUCCACCACAAGUUUUUAUUACCGCUGAGGAUGUCGAGGAGGGAAAGCCCGAUCCUGCUGGAUACAAGCUCGGAGCUGAGAGACUCGGCCUCGAGAAGUUCCUCGUUUUCGAGGAUGCCCCUGCCGGAAUCAAGGCCGGUAAGGCUGCUGGAGCCACCGUCAUCGGUAUGGCCACCACCUACACUCCCGACAUCGUCAAAGCUGCCGGUGCUGAUAUUGUCAUCCGUGACUUGCAUAGCGUCAAAGUAAACUCUUUCGACCCAGUCACCAAAAAGCUCAGUCUGACCUUUUCCAACAUUGUCGCCUAA